AUGUUAUUCACACCGUUCGUCUCGGCGAAUCUUAGCGACGGUCUUAUCCUCCAUCAUUCUUACGAUGAAGGAGAAGGCACACUCGCUGCAGACGCGAGUGGUAACGGACACGAUGGUGAAAUUUCCAACCCGGAUUGGGUUGAUGGACAGAUUGGGAAGGCUCUCAGGUUUGGCGGCGAUGGCAGCGAUGUGUUCGUCACCGUUGAAAGCACGGAUGUCUUGAACGUGAACGAAUGUACAUUUGCGGCAUGGAUUAACGCCGAUCAUUGGAACGGCACGCGCCAGAUUGUUGGUAAAUCCGUUCAUGGUGGUUGUGCGGGUAGAACGCAAUACGGACUGUUCAGUGAAGGUGGUGUCUUCAAACUCCGCUUUGAGACCGAAAGUGGUAGAGCCGACAUUGACACCGAUCUUCCGCCAACAGGCGAGUGGGUGCACGUUGCCUUUACCAACGAUGGUGAAACCGCAACAAUCUACCUCAACGCUGAAGCAGUUGAGGAGGGCGGAGUGCCAGGAACGCUGGGUGCCAACGACGAUCCGUGGCGGAUCGGGCAGGAUUGUGAACGCCUCAACUAUGUCUUUGCAGGCAUAAUAGAUGAGGUCUCUCUCUGGAACCGUGCUUUGAGUGCUGACGAAAUUGCAGACUUGCUAUAUGAUGAGGUCUACGGCUACUUACCCACCCAUGAGUACCUCAUGGAGCAACUCAAUGUGUUGGGCUGUGAACUCGUCCUCGGAUAUAAUAGCUCACAAGGCAUUCAUUUACCUAAUAUUGGACGGUGGCAAGCGACGCAAAAAAUGCUCGGGGUUGUUCCAAAGUACGAGAAAACCGGCGUUUUUCAUUUCCAGAGUAUAGCGACAUGGCUUCAGACACUUCGACGUUUUCAGGAAGCAGAGGACGCGAAUCCCGUUGAGCAUGAGGUAGAUCCGCAAGUCGCACGCCGAAGAAUUAAUGCUACUUUGGCAUUCGAUAAACCUCAUGAAGACCCGGUCAUGCACAUAGAUCCCGCGCCUUCUGAGGAGUUGAAGGAAAGAUUGAAUCAUCUUUUGCGGCAAGACAGAGUGAGGGUUGGAUUGGUAAUCAACUUUCUGGAGCAACUUGCACCAAACGAUCCUUCGCUGAGUAGUGCCUCUAACGAUGAUUUACAGCGCUUUUUCAACCAGAUACAGAAUUGGGCAUCCGAUUUGGAAAUCCGAAAGCGCAAACACAUCAUUCUGCUUCUCACCCAUAACACAUUUGAUAUCCAUCCCAAUCUCACCGUGAAUCCGGAGAUCCCUCUGAUAGAGGUUCCGUUUCCAGACUAUCCCCAACGACUCCAUUUUAUUGAAUAUCUCCAUGCCAUUUCAGAACCGCCGUCGCAAAUGCGGGCAAGCCUUGGGAACGAGCGCGACAGAGAGUCCCAUGCCCGCGAGACAAUAGGACUCAACCUGUUCGGCAUUCAUGAUGUUGUGAAACAGGCGGAAUCUGCACAGCAGAAAGCGGGUGGUGAACCAUUGGUCAGAUACCGACGUGAGAGCAUUAAGACUUUCAGCCAUGGUAUCCUUGAACUGGGGGAAACUGAAAGAGGCCCUUCUGACGACGGUUGGUAUGUAAUAUGGGCAAUUCGGGAUAUCGCGGAGGGUGUGAAACAUCGGGAUUUGCGACGCGUGCCACGAGGCAUCCUUUUACUCGGGCCGCCAGGGACCAGCAAGGCUUACGCUGCAAAGGUACUCGCUGGUGAGGCGAACAUGACCCUCGUCCAACUCCGCUAUGCCAAUCAGGUAGGCGAGAUAACAGUAAAUAUCAAUGAGAAUGGGAACACUUAUGAACGGAAUCUCAAUGCAGGUCUCAAUUUUAUCCGAGGCAUUUCACCGACGGUUGUCUUUAUGGAUGAGAUUGAGCAGGCAUCGCCGCAUACCGCAAUGCAUCCGGAGGAACAGCAGACGUUUCCUCAAGCCCUCGUGAAUGCUAUGAGUGAUACAUCUUUGCACGGGAGAGUGAUAUGGGUGGGAGCAUCAAGCCGUCCCGACCUGAUGCCGCAGAUUUUUCGACGAUAUGGCAUUUUCGACACCAAAUUAAUCAUGCUACCGCCUGUCGGUGGAGGCAGAGUGGAAAUUCUAAAAAUAUUUUGCCAAGGACAAACAUCAGGUAACAUCAAUUUUCAGGCGCUCGUCGGCGGCUCAGAAACAGAUGGGUUGACGUGGCGGGACCUGUUCUUGAUUGUCCAACGUGCGAGUAACAUCGCGAGACGCGACGGGCGCGAUACCUUCACUGAAGCCGAACUCCGUCAAACACUAAACGACUUCAUUCCAGAUUAUUCACGGGAGAUGCAAAUCUUCAUGGGGUUAUUAGCGUUGCGAGAGGCGAAUUCCCGUAUCAUGAUUCCAGACGGGUUGUUACCAGAGUACCAAGAAUUUGUCGAUGGUAAUCGGAUUGAUAAAACAGGGAUUAACAGGAAGUUGAUGGAACUGGGCACGCAACUCGGCUUGAACGCUUGA